AGAGGAAACCGUCAUCAAAUCUCGACGGCGAGAAUGGCGCAGCCGCUCGCCGCCGGCCCACGGAUUGUCGACCGCGACAUGUGGCUCGCCUGCGCCAACCCGAAGUCCGGCCGCCUCCCCGCCGUUGGCUCCUUCGUCUACUACUUCCCCUACGGCCACGCUGAGCAGUGCCCCUCCCCUCUCACGCAGCCGCUCGUUUGCCGCCAGGAAUUCCUCUGCAGGGUCGUCGCCGUCCGCGUCUCCGCCAGCGCCGAGACGAACGAGCCAUACGCCGCCAUCUCCCUCAAACCAGAUGUUGUCCCCGACGACGACGUCCCGAACCCCUCCCCUGCUCCCGACCAGCACCACCACCAGCAGCCGCAGAUCUUUUACUUCGUCAAAGAGCUGACAUAUCGCGAUGUUGACUAUCGAGAUCUCUUCGUCGCCCCCAUGUCUGCCGCCAAUAAGGUCUUCCCGCCGCCGCUCGAGCACAAACAGACACAGGAUCUCAGCAUGAGGGACCUGCAAGGUUUUCGCAUGCAUUUCAAGCACAGAGAGAACCGCGCCGGAAGCGUAGAACUCAGAAAGGGCUGGAGAGGAUUUAAAAAAGACAUGGACCUCAUCGACGGCGACCACGUGAUCUUCAUGCGCCGCCCCGCCAGCGACCAGCUGUUCGUCGGGGUGCGGCGCCAGCGAGAUGUCCCGAAAAGAGUACGGCCCAUAAAGCACCGAGCCAAGGCGACGACCACGGUCCCGCUCCAGGAGGUGAUGGAGGCGGCGAGGCUUGCGGCGGCAGGCGUUGAGUUCACGGUGAACUACUACUCACGACAGGACGGAGACGAGUUUGUGGUGCCACACAAGGUGGUGGUCGAGGGCCUGAAGGUUUGGCGCGCCAGGCUCAUUCCGGCGAUGGUGAUGAAGUUCUCAUGGGCAGUCCAGGACGACGCGCCGCCCAUCGUUGGCCCACAGGGCAAAAUUGUCAACAUCAUCUCCACGCGCGUGUGGCGCAAUCUCGAGGUUGGAUGGCCCCAAUCGUCAAAGAUGAACAGAUGGACAAACUUCUGGCAAGUUCGACCUAUUUUGUACCCUAAUCUUCUUUCUUCUUCUUCUCCUAGCCCUCAAAAGAAGCUUAAGAUUUCUGAGACGGCUACUGAUCUUCCUUCGUCUUCUUCUCCUCACCCUCCAAAGGAGCCUAAGAUUUCUGAGACGGCUACUGAUCUUCCUUCUUCUUCUUCUCCUCCUCACCUUCCAACGGAGCUUCAUAUUUCUGAGACGGCUACGGCAUCUGCAUCUGUGGAGCAAGAGGAGAAAGUGGACGAACUACUGGGCCAGCUAUUCUCAAAGCCACCUUUUCUUUGAAGAGCCACCCCUGAAUUUCAUUGAAUAAAAUGAACAUAAAUGAGAUACAAGCUUAGUCUGCGUGACAUCAAAGGCAACAAUUUUUCGUAGAUUGCUUUUGAGGUUAGCAGCCCUGAGGUGUUGUUGCAACAUUCAUCAUCUAGACCAUUGGUGACUUCAAUUGUACCUAUCUGAAGGAUUAGAUCAGCCAGCUAAUUUUUUUAAUACAAGUAAUGAUCGAAUGAAUGUAGACCUAAAAUU